AUGGGUCAGUCUAAUUGUUGCAAACGUCUGCCCAUUCUGCACUGACUGAGAUUUUUCAUUCAAUUGGACUCAUAGCAGACGGAAAAAGUGACUUGUUCUACGAGUGUUUUGAUGAAUAUCUAGCUCUGUAUCGAUGAUGUCCUCCUGAAUGUUGCAAUAAAUUGAAUGCAGCAUUCUGUACUACUCGGAUAUUCUCAGGGGAUCCAAUAUUCUGGACAUUCUCGUUUUCUAAUGCAGAAUUACUCACGUUUGUUGAAUCGUAAUCAGAAGUGCAUAGCUACGGAGGAGAACAAGUCGGAAGCAAAAACAACUUGAAGGCGAACCAGAUUGGAUGCUCUUUUAGGAAAGAACAAAAAACAACUAGAUCAAAGCGAAGUUCUGCUUAUUUUGUGUGGGCUUUCACUCAGAACAGAAUGCCCCCAUAUCGCUAUCCAACACAUAACUUCACAUAUGUGAGCUCGUGCGUGAAAUAUAUGAUAUUUCUGUUGAACUUCAUAUUUUGGCUAUUCGGUGGCCUGCUAAUAGGAAUUGGAUUCUACGCGUUCGUGGAUAAAUGGCAAGCUACAGGACUAAUAAAGCUGGAAACAUUCUACGACAUUGUACUGAACAUUUCGCUGGUCAUGAUUAUCGCAGGCGGGAUCGUGUUCGUUGUUAGUUUUGCAGGCUGCUUGGGAGCACUUCGCGAAAAUACCUGCCUACUCAAGUUUUAUUCCCUAUGUCUGUUGAUGUUUUUCCUGUGCGAAAUGGCUGUGGCGAUAGUUGGAUUUGUGUUUCCUCACAAGAUGAACAUCGUAUUGGAAGAGUCGUUUACGGAUAAGAUUAUUACCACCUAUCGCGAUGACCCGGAUCUCCAAAAUCUGAUUGAUUUUGCGCAACAGGAAUUCCAUUGCUGUGGACUGAGCAAUGACGGUUAUCUAGAUUGGGGUAAAAAUGAAUACUUCAACUGCUCCUCUCCUAGUGUGGAGAAGUGUGGCGUACCGUAUAGCUGCUGCAUCAACGCAACUGACAUCUCAUCAGGUUUGGUCAACAUAAUGUGCGGUUAUCACAUUCAGCAGCAAUCAGUUGCCGCCGCGAGCAAAAAAAUCUGGACCAGUGGCUGCAUUGAGAUUGUUCGAGUCUGGGCUGAGCGGAAUCUCUAUCUGAUAGCUGGAAUCGCCCUCGGUGUGGCACUGAGCCAAUUGUUUGUGAUUUACCUGGCUAAAACAUUGGAAGGUCAAAUUGAUCUACAAAAAAGUCGUUGGUCGUCGUGAGCUUACGUGGGCUGGGGCGGAGGCAGAGCGGUUUAAGCGUGAAGAUAAAGAUAAUGGACUGACAAAUUAUUAUUCCAAGGAUAAGUGUGUAAUAUAUCAGCAAACGAGUGAUGGCGAGCCCUCAUUAUGUAUUCAACUUUCGAGUAUCUUGACUGAAUCUCCGAUAAGGAAAGAGAAUAGUUCUGCUCUAGAAUCAAAAAAGGAAGGUGUUUUGUAUCGCAACUUUUUCUGUCGAAAUAUAUUCCAACAAUACUCCCCCAAACGUACGUGCCACACGUACUAUUUUAGGACUGCCACUGCGUUCAUCUAUCAGCUCAAAAGGUUAGAAAUAUUUUCAGUUAGUCGCCGCAAUAACAUGGAAACCUUUACAGAUUGAAAAUGGAUGAAAAGCGUAUCGCUCCUACAGAUAUAAAUGCAUGUUUAGGACAGCUUCGAGUUCUGUUCAUUAUACAGUAGAGGACAAUAAAUCGUUAACAUCAAGAAAAUGCAAUAUAGUCCUAUUUUACCUUCGUAUUACUUCAACUCAUAGAUUUUACUAACAAGACAUAAAACAAAAACAAAAAUGAAUUCUAUUCGAAACAUUUUCAACAUCUUUCAUUAUUCAUUAUGGACAACAAUGUUAUACAUGACGAAGAAAAAGGCUCGAUUCAAAUGAAGAAAUCAAAACUAAAACCGGUGUAUAUAAAACAAACAAAUAUCGUAUACAGGUAAUUUGUGUUCUUUAUUUCGCUAAUUUAAUUCUAGAGCAGAAUCUUCAUUAGAGCAAUUAAGGAUAAGUGUUCGCAAUAUUUAGUUAUUUCGAAGACUAUCAUUUUAGCUACCUAGAAAUUUAUCUCACUGAUUGACAUUUUACAUAUAAAUAUAAAAAGUUUGUUUAACGAAUGAUUCUUUUGAUCCAAAGUAUGUUAUAGAGAAAAAAAACUGUUUUCAACAUUUCGAAAUACCAUUUCAAAUUGAGUUAUAUUUCUAAUGAUUUGUAAUCCUACUUAACAAAAAUCUAAGUGGUUGACGAUAUAUAUAUAUAUAUAUAUAUAUAUAUAUAUUCCGAUGCAGAACAUAAAAUUGAUGGCAUAAUACUAAUAUGGAUACUAGAAAUGAAAUGAAUGCUAUCUUCUCGCAUUUUAGAACGACACAAAUCGACUAACCCGAAUAUCAUAAAUAGUUCAUAACUUGUUUUCACCAUUGAAAUGAUUUUCACUUUUCCAUCCAGUGCUUUAACAUAAUAUGCAUCGAUACGAAUACAUUUCCACCAAACGGUGCCACCAUCUCUCAGAAGUUCAUCCGGCAUUGUAUUCUCUCCUUCUCCAUUAGUCAUUCACUCAACAGAGAUCAAUGUGUUUCAUGACUAUAAAGUAUUAUUGUAGAGAAAAUGAAUCGACAGCGGCAUGUUGUUUGCAAGCGAGACAAAGUCAGAGAAAAGUACAUAUGCAACUAGCAAACUUUGCCAUUAUUUGUAAAGCUCAAAUGUAACAGUUAGAAGUUGAAUGAUAUUUGUAAUGGGAAAUAAAACUGCUGGUGUCAUA